AUGGCGAGGGGUCGUGGGAGGAGCCCCGAGAGAUCCGGGUGGGGGGCGGGGGAUGACGGCGGCGAGAGCCCCAGCGGGGCGGGGCGGGCCCGAGCGUCCCGGCCGGGCUGCGGCGGAGCGAGCCGGGCCAGCUCUGCAGAAGGCGGCGGCUGGCUCGCCUGGACGGUCACAUCCCGCUGCAGGGGCCGACGGGGGCAGCCGCACAGCCUGGCGCCCGGGGUCCCAAGACACUCCGGACCCCGCCUGGAUGUCAAGCAGAUACCCCCGUGCCCCGCAGCGGACGCGGCGGGGACAAUGGCUUCGCUGAUGCCCCUCUCCCCAUACCUAAGCCCCACGGUCCUUUUGCUGGUCAGCUGUGACCUGGGCUUUGUGAGAGCCGACCGGCCCCCCUCUCCUGUCAAUGUGACCGUCACUCACCUCAGAGCCAACUCAGCCACUGUGUCCUGGGACGUCCCAGAAGGCAACAUCGUCAUUGGCUAUUCCAUUUCCCAGCAACGGCAGAAUGGCCCCGGGCAGCGUGUGAUCAGAGAGGUGAACACCACCACGCGCGCCUGUGCCCUCUGGGGCCUGGCUGAGGACAGCGACUACACCGUGCAAGUCAGGAGCAUCGGCCUUCGAGGAGAGAGCCCUCCAGGGCCCCGGGUGCACUUCCGAACCCUCAAGGGCUCUGACCGGCUGCCCUCAAACAACUCCAGCCCAGGUGAUAUCACGGUGGAGGGGCUAGAUGGAGAGCGACCCCUGCAGACGGGCGAAGUGGUCAUCAUUGUGGUGGUAUUGCUCAUGUGGGCUGCGGUGAUCGGGCUGUUCUGCCGUCAGUAUGACAUCAUCAAGGACAACGACUCCAACAACAACCCCAAGGACAAGGGGAAGGGGCCAGAACACAGUCCUCAGGGAAGGCCAGUGGGAACAAGACAGAAAAAGUCGCCAUCCAUCAACACCAUAGACGUCUGAAUGGAGCAGCAAAACUGGAAGAUGGCUGUGCUAACGGCCUGGGGCUGGGAGCAGUCCAAGUUGGGAUGUUUCCAGGGGGGUGAUGACACUCCCACAAUCUCAGGCUGGUAUCCACUCUCCUGGCACUGUCAGCAGGUCCAGAAUGUGGAUCUGUUGGAAUAAUCUGCACCCCUGGACCUGGAGCGUGGCUAUUCGUUGGGAUGUCUCCUCCCAUCCCCUCUGCCCGCUCGUUCAACACUGUCCCAUUAGGUCCCCACUAGAGGGCCCCGUUUCACCUGCAUCAGGACUCUCCGCAUACCCAGCUGCUCUCACAUCUUGUCUCUGGGCCUCGAGGCAGGGCUGUGGCAAUGGAGACUCCUCCUCUCCCAGCAAGCGGACAGCAACACCCGGGGCCUAGAGGUAGAGGCUGCGCUGCAGUACUCCAAUGUCUUCCAUGGCGCCUCAGGUGCUCCCCCUCUCACCUGGCAGCCUCUGCAGCUACUGGUGAGCUCACCUCC